GUGCGGGUCCCACACACGCCGGGAGAUGGAGUCGCUAGUAGGACAGACCCCGGACUGCAACGCCUUCCUGCAGCUGGUGGACCGGAAGUGGCAGGACCAUUGCUCCUCGAUGCUCACUCUGCGGAACGUGUUCCUGUACCUCGACCGCAGCUUCGUGCUACAGGCGCCCAACCUCCGGAGCAUCUGGGACAUGGGGCUGGAGCACUUUCGGAACCACUUUCAGGCACUAGAGGAGGUAGAGGCCAAGACGGUGGCGGGGAUCUUGACGCUGAUCGAGCGUGAGCGAACAGGGGUGGACGUUAACCGUCCCCUUCUCCGCAGCCUCCUUCGCAUGCUGUCAGCGCUACAGGUGUACGAGGAGCUGUUCGAGGGGCGUUUCUUGAGGGAGACGGAGGAGUUCUACGCCGCCGAAGGCGUUCGUUACAUGGCCACCGCCGACGUACCGCACUUCCUGCAGCACGUCGAGGAGCGCCUUCAGCAGGAGGCAGACCGAGCGUCACUGUACCUGGAUUCGUCGACGCGAAAGCUGCUCGUCACCACGGCGGAAAGCCAGCUCCUCAAGCCGCACACGCAGGCGUUGCUGGAGCGCGGGUUUGGCAGUCUCAUGGACUCGCAGCGGUUGCCGGAGCUGAAGGUCAUGUACCAGCUCUUUCAGCGGGUACAGGCCUUGGAUGAGCACCAGUGUGCCGCCUCAAUUUUUGUCUAGGCACCACCUCGUUGUUGUUGUAAGCCUGCGAGGCUGGGUACGCCUCCUGUCAUCGCGAUGGGCGGCAUGGGUUGGUCCGCUGAUGUUGUCCACUCGCUGUUUCUGUCGAACCUAACCUAGCCGUUGCCCUGAACGCCCUGUUUCAGUUCUCGUUUUUUUGUCUACUGCGGUUGUUGUUGUUGCUGUGGGACGAAGACGCUAUUGUGCUCUAGACCUGCUGUAUAACCCAAUCGUCUUGUCUGUUCGGCUCCGUCGUCGCUGCUAACUAUCGCGGUUUGCUGGCUUGGUUCUGUUUAGCUCAAGGCAGCGAUGACGGCGUACGUGCAAUCAAAGGGACUCUACAUAGUCCACGAUAAGGUAGCUCUGCGUCCAUACGGCAGCAUGGCUCUUCAUGCGUUACACAAACCUGGACACAGGUCCAAUAGAGGUGACUGUAGGAAAGGUUUUCUCUUAAAAGUAAAAGGGCGGACGAACAACACCAAUAUACAUGUUUUUUUGGGCUGUUUGCUCCACGCCCAAGGCGACCUUUGCUCCUCUCGUGAAAGCGACCCUACAGCCCUCUACCUGGGGUUUACAGCUAUACCACACAACAAACCGCAUCCGAAUCGUAUCAGCCAACCACGAGAUCUACAUGUCUGAAAACUGUCCCUGCAGUGGGGCUGCAGCGCCCACACCAGCAGACCCUCCUAAAAAAAAGAAUCGAGGUCCGCGCCGUUCGGCAGCAGGAGGCGCGCUGCCCGAAAGCUGAAUCAAAACAAAAAGAAGUUUGAAGAGAGGACGGGGCAGUGUGUGGUUGCCGCGUCAGCAGAAGAUAAAACGCGGCGCGCUAUCGAACGCGGCAGCCUCACCGUCGUAGAGAGAACGCUGAAGGAAACGAAAGAAGAGUUGGUCAAAAGUAAGAAAAUUGUGGAAGAGAGCCAGGCUCAACCUCGCUGCCGCCGCCGCCGCCGCCGCUGCUGCUGCUGCUGUUUUUCUCAGCAGCAGCAGCGGCGGCGGCAGGUGCCUGCGUGGCUUCACCGCCCGGCUGCUGCUCGGGUGUGUCAUGAGGCAUGUGUUCUAGAGUGGGACCGCGCAAUGGUGUUGUGCUGUGCCCCAUAGCAGGGCGCAAAGCACACAGGCGAGCCGCGCCCUCGCGCGUGUGCGUCAGACGGUCUUUUCGGGAGGUUCCGACGGUUCCGUGCAAUUUCAUUGGUUGGUCGAUUU